UGCUCCUCAAUUUCUCUUUCUUGUCAGCAAUGGUGACAAGCAUCCAGGAAUCUAGUGCUUUUGCUUGCUAAAAUGGGUUUAGCCCUGAGCCACAGAGAGAGUGGUGGGUUAGGGUAGUAGGUGGUGGAAGGUGGAGAAGAAAGGAAGAAAAAAAUAAGGAAAAAAAAGAGAAGGAACAUGUGGGGUUCAUAGCCUUUCUUCCUUUCACUGAAAACCAGGGACCAAAAUUCAUAGCCUUUCUUUCUUUUCAAUGUAGAGUACAAUACAUCUCCCUUUUUCAACAGAAUUUGCAGUCUUACACGUGCAAACACCCUUUUUUUCUGCAUUGAGUGCAUUCUCUUGCCAUAUUUACAAGAUGCCCCUUUCACAUCACAUCAGUUACAUGAUCUUUGCUGUUUGGUGUGACUGGUUGAGCUAACUGGACAUAGCUGCAAUUUCUCCCUCAUUGCAAUUUUUGUCCCUUGAUGUUUGCAGAGGCCAGGAAAAUUAACCAAAUCUCAGAAAUGGGUGAGAAGGGAAUUUCUGUUUUAGAUAAAAUUGGGUUUGGGUAUGACAAGAGUGACAUUGAUAGCAUGUAUCCCAUGUAUUUUGGUGUUUCUUGUGCAUUCUUUGCCCUCAAUGUCCUUACAAAACAACCACAACUUGAAGUUGGAAGAUUGUCUAAAAUCUGUGACACCAUGCUUCAAGGCAGUGCCAACCUCUUAGGGUUGAUUGUGUGGAGAGUUCAGAAGAGAGAGAGAAAUGACUGUGAAUGCAACUGCAAGCUCAAAAUUGCUGAGAGAGAAAUGGAAAUUGAGAACCUGAAGAGGAUGAGACAUGAGGAUGCUAAAGCCAAUGAGAAAGUGGUGGGAAUAUUUGCUGCACAGGAACAAACAUGGUUGUGUGAAAGGAGGAAACUCAGGCAGCAGAUUGGGGCUCUGCUGAAUGAGCUGAGAGUUUUUGAAAAAAACAAGGAUGCAGAUAUCUCUGAAUUGAAUCAGAAACUGAAGGAAAUGGAGGGCUUAGUGGAGUCAAGGGACAUGGAGAUUGAAGAAAGGGAGCAAAAGAUGAAGGAGCUUGAAGAGAAGGUCAACAAGGCUGAAAGGGAUGCAAAACAAUUAAGAGAAUUGGAAACAAAUCAAUCUUCUGAUCUCAGGAAGCACAAAACUGCAUUCAUUGAACUCGUGUCGAACCAGCGCCACCUUGAAGCUGAACUCGGCCGUGCAGUGAAGCAAAUGGAAGCUGCAAAACAUGAGCUAGAGGAGUCAGAUUUGAUGGCUCAGAAUUUUUCUUUGGAGAUUGCAAAACUUCACAAGGAUUUGGAACAGAAAGAUAAGAUUUUGUCAGCAAUGUUGAGGAAAUCUAAGAUGGACAGUGAAGAGAAACAAAUGCUAUUAAAGGAGGUAAAGUUGUCAAAGGCUAGGAGGAAGCAAGCGGAGCAGGAGACAGAAAGGUGGAGGGUAGUUUCAGAAGGAAAAAAGGAGAGACAUUCCUUUAAAAACAUGUUGGUGAACUUGAGUACUAGAGGCAUGCAAUCUAGUUCAGCAGGGUCAUCACACAUUCCAAAGGAAUCAGAAAAAAUUUCAGCUUCACCCUUCUCUGAUGAUCACUACUUGCCACAAAGAAGUGAAGACUUAUCAAUUCCUGCUAAUUCUAGGCGUUUGGAAGAUUGGAUGCGAGCUGAGGCAGAAAGAUAUGCAACCCUGAUUGAACAAAGGCAUCACUUAGAGCUAGAUGCUUUUGCAGAACAAAUGCUACUCAAGGAUGAGAAGCUGGAGGCAUUUCGCUGGCAGUUGUUGAGAACAGAAUUGGAAACAAAGCAGCUGCAAUCACAUUUGGAGGGACUGGUUAAGGAUGUAAAACAGUUAAGACAUGACAAGAUGAAGUUGGAGAGCUUAAUGUUCGAGAAAGAAGAUGAACUCGCUUCCUUGAAGGAGCAAGUUGCAUCAAAAUUGAGGCCCUUGAACUGCUUUAGAAAUAACUCAAAUUUGCUUCAACAAUCUUCAGAACUAGCCCAAGAUGCUGUCUGGUCUGGAGUCAAGGUUAUCAAGAAAAAACCGGGAGAAAAGGAGAUACAAAUGAUGGAAACCUUGAUUGAGGAAGAUUGUGAAAAGGAAGCACAGCACCUGCCACAUGAUGAAUUUAACAAUGUUGAUUUACUAGCUCAAUCUCCAGAAAAUAAUGUUGAAGAAGAAAAAGAUGUUCCUAGGGAGGAUAGUCCUAUUCCUAUCCAAAAUCUACGUCCAAAUCAAGUACAAGUUGUUGAUGCUGCUGAAAAGAUAGGAUCUACUACCUGCACUUCCUUUAAUAAGACAAAACAGUCUCCAUGGAAAAUGGAUCUUCAUGCUCUUGGGGUAUCUUACAAGAUCAAGAGGCUGAAGCAGCAGCUUGUACUUGUUGAAAGGUUGACAGGAAUGCAAAGCAAUGGUGAAAACUCAGAAAUCAGUGAUGAUAGCAAAGGUGGCAUGAAGGCUUUUCUGUCGUUGACCACUUUGCUGAAUAAACAAGUUGGAAGAUAUCAAUCCCUCCAAGAGAAGACUGAUGACCUUUGCAAAAGAAUGCAAGGUAAUGAGCUUUACACCAAUGUUGGAGAAAUGAAUGGUGCAAGAGCAAAGGAGAAAACAUCAACACUGGAGCACUUCUUAGAGGAGACAUUUCAACUACAGAGAUACAUAGUUGCAACAGGACAAAAGCUGAUGGAAGUUCAAACCAAGAUUGUUCCUGGAUUUGUUGGAGUAGUGGUGGAAGAGAUGGACAACAAAAGUGCUGCUGCUGGCAUAGAUAUGAAACGCUUUGCUGACAGUAUAAGAAAUCUCUUCCACGAAGUUCAAAGAGGUCUCGAAGUUCGAACUGCUAGAAUCAUAGGAGACCUUGAGGGGACACUAGCUCGUGAAGGAAUGAUAUGUUUGAGAAGGUAGCGUAUAUAUAUAUAUAAAUAUAGCAUUGGAACUUUAAUUUUUGAGUCUGUAUUAUUACCAUAGUUAAUAAGAUCAAUUUGUAAAUGGAAGAAGGCACAGAAAAAUUCCAAUCAUCCAAUGGAAUCGAUACAAGUAAGAUUUUUCCUGUCCCUUUUGUUGACAAGAAAGAACUCAUGGUUUCCCUAAAAAGGAACAAAAAGGGAAUUAAACUUCACAUAUUUUCCUUGUCUAAGCUGAGUGUUAAACAAUAAAUUUUGUUUGGUUGGAUA